UAACUUGACAGAAACUAAACCAUGGCUUGGCAUGAAUUCGGUGUGCUGAACUGGCUCCGAGAGAGUCGGCAGUCUCGGAAAUUAAUCUUGUUGAUUGUCUUUGUUGCUCUGCUCUUGGACAACAUGCUGCUUACUGUAGUUGUGCCAAUAAUACCCAGUUAUUUAUAUAGCAUUAGACACCCCAAAAAUGCAACGGAAGUCCAAACCAUUAGACCAGAGACAACUUCUGUAAAUCUGAACAGAUUGCAAAGCAUCUUUUCAUAUUAUGACAAUUCAACUAUAGUUACUGGAAAUAAUUCUGAAGGAACAAGGCCAGAAGAUGAUUAUCAUGCUCAGACAGAGCAAAUGGUGGUAAAUAUGACUAAGACAACUCCAUCAUCCUCAGACUGCCCAAAGGAAGACAAAGAAUUGCUAAAUGAAAAUGUAGAAGUUGGUUUGCUUUUCGCUUCCAAAGCAACUAUGCAAUUCCUUACUAACCCUUUUAUAGGGCCGAUGACAAACAGGAUAGGCUAUCAGAUCCCCAUGUUUGCCGGCUUCUGCAUCAUGUUUGUUUCAACAAUUAUGUUUGCCUUUUCAGAAAGCUAUAAAUUACUUGUGAUUGCAAGAGCUCUCCAAGGCGUGGGUUCAUCUUGUUCUUCUGUAGCUGGGAUGGGGAUGCUAGCAAGUGUAUAUACUGAUGAUGAAGAAAGAGGCAAUGCAAUGGGAAUUGCCUUGGGAGGCUUGGCUAUGGGGGUAUUAGUGGGUCCACCUUUUGGAAGUGUGAUGUAUGAAUUUGUUGGGAAGGCAGCCCCGUUCCUGGUGUUAGCAGCAUUGGCUCUUUUUGAUGGAGCAAUACAACUGCUAGUUUUGCAGCCAUCUAGGAUACAGCCAGAAAGCCAAAAAGGAGCAUCAUUACUGACCCUCUUGAGAGACCCAUACAUUCUUAUUGCUGCAGGAUCAAUAUGUUUUGCAAAUAUGGCAAUUGCUAUGCUGGAACCAGCUUUACCCAUUUGGAUGAUGGAGACAAUGUGUUCAAGCAAAUGGCAACUGGGCGUUGCUUUCAUUCCAGCCAGUGUCUCUUAUCUGAUAGGAACAAAUCUUUUUGGGGGCCUUGCACACAAAAUGGGAAGGUGGCUUUGUGCCCUAAUUGGGAUGAUAAUAGUGGGAAUAAGCAUUUUGUGCGUACCACUUGCUAAAAAUAUAUAUGGACUCAUAGCACCAAAUUUUGGAGUUGGCUUUGCCAUUGGGAUGGUGGAUUCCUCACUGAUGCCUAUUAUGGGUUACCUUGUUGAUCUGCGUCAUGUUUCAGUCUAUGGGAGUGUUUAUGCAAUCGCAGAUGUUGCAUUUUGCAUGGGUUUUGCUUUAGGUCCAUCUGUUGGUGGUGCUAUUGCAAAGUCAAUUGGGUUUCCAUGGCUCAUGACAAUUAUAGGAAUUAUUGAUAUCCUCUUUGCCCCCUUGUGUUUCUUUCUGCGCAGUCCACCUGCCAAGGAAGAAAAAAUGGCAAUACUUAUGGAUCAUAACUGUCAUUUUAAAACCAAAAUGUAUACACAGAACAGCGUCCAGUCACAUCAGUUAGGUGGUGACGAUGAAGAAUCGGAGAGUGAUGAAUAAUGCUUAAAAAAUGGUACUGGUAGUUCAGUGAUACAGCAGACUUUUCCUGUGAAACAUUUCAUCAGAAAGUUUUAGUUGUACUGUAUUUUUAAUUGUGAACUUGUAAAACAAAAUGAAACCAAAGGUAUAGUUAUUUAUUGCCCUUGAUCAAGAUUACCCACUGCCUUAUAAAAAAGAUUUUAGGGGAUUUUGUGUUUAACCUUAUGCAUUUUGUAAAUGUAUACAUCUCAGUCUAGAUCCAUGCCUUUAAAAUAUUAGUUCACAAACAUUUCCCUUACAUUUUAAUUUAAUUCAUUGAAGCAAUGACUGCCUGAAACUAGCAGUUAUGAAUGAUGAGACUGUAUAUUUUUUAAAAAUUAUAAUACUUUGCACUUUUCAAAUUAGCUUUGCUUGAAACUAUAAACUUUCAUUUACGCUUACCCUAAUUAAGAAUGAUGUAGAGUGAACAAAACUUUAUAUAUAUGGCUAAUAGAGAAUCAAUUUCAUUGCAAACCAUGUGGCAUUUGGGAAAGCGAAGUUUGAUAUAAAUAAUUGGUUCAUCUUAACUUUGCAUUGGUACUGAUAAAAUAUAUAUUGAAAAUUGCUGAAUAUUUUUCAUCUUAUCAAACUUGUCCAAAUUUGGUAUCUUAUCCUCAUAUAAACAUUGAUGUCUAGUACAUUAUCUGAAUAUUCAAAUUUCAAAUAGCUGUUACUAUGGUUGCAUGCCAUUCAUUACAUACAUCCAAAAUUGUACAGAAAGAAAAAAAAUUAUAUGAUUACUGCUUAUACUCUUCUUAUGUCAGCUUGAACUAGAGUGUGUAUCAGAUUCAGACAAGUCCUAGAUCCCAAAUUGAAAUAUGGUAAUUCAGAACAGAUUUUUAUUUCCCUGGGAUGGAGACCACGCCUUGAUCUAUUAUCUGGAGCUUCAGCAUAAUGCAAACAGUGAUAAUGCAGCAAACUUUUUUGUCAUUUACAUGAAAGGAACUGUUGUUUCCAUUAUCCUGAACUGCAGGGCCCAAUUAUAGCUUCUUGAAGACUGAAGAAGUACCUUUAGUUAUAUCAUGUGCUUUAUGUCCUCAGCUUCUGCAAAGGUUUGUGUUUUUGAGCUAUGUCAAGUACCUGACCUGGCCAAUCCUCAAGCAAUGAACUUCUCCAUAUACAAGGAAAAUUCUUUACAAGAUCCUCUUUGAUUUAUAUUCCCCAUCUAUUUAAAAUUCAGUUUGGAUGAUUCCCUCCAAGGAAGCUACUGAUGCUACAAAUUUGAACAUGUUGUCACAAAACAACAUCCAAUACUGGGACAUUUUAAAAUAAGGAACAUAGCCCCAAAACUUUUGUAGUAAUUUCUAUAAAGUUUGCCAUGCUUCAUCUCAUGAAGCUUUAGUUUUUCUGCUAAUGUUAUCCCAUUUAAUGAAGAAACAAGACUGAUGACUAAUUCAGUUUUUCCCAUGUUAGACUAGAGUUCUGUUUUUUCCUCCAAAUCUUGCAUCAGAUCCAAAGAUCAGAAUGGAAUGGCUAUACCAGAUCAGUCUGUUUCUGGAGUUUUAAGAUUAAGCCUCAUGCUGCACCAUUAGUCUGAGCAUACUCCUUGAUAAAACUGUUCUAAUAUGUGCCUAUUUAAACUAGAAGCAAAACUGCCAGCAUUUGAACUCCCAUUUAUGAGAUCUGCUUUGUAAAAACGCUACCUGAUUAUCAAAAGGAAGACCAGGCAGUUAUAUUCCCUAGUAGACUUGUACUAGAAUAAGUAAAGUAUCUGGCAGACACUUUAUGCUAAAAUUUUAUUUUUCUACAGUAUUGUUUUUGCAAAUUAAAAAGUUAUAGGACACACCUGCUUUUUAACACUGUCAGACUUUUAGGUGUUUGCAGAAAAUGAAAUUCAUACAAAGUCUAUUCACAGAGUGACUCCUUUGCUUCUAACUAUCCAUUAGACAUCAGCAGAUGGAAAUGGAUUAACACCUUUCCUUGAAUGCAACAUAUUGUGCUUUUGAAGAAAAUAUGCAAAACAGGGUUAAAGAGAUUUGAAGACUGGGUAGUUUGAUAAAUGGAAGGCAGGUAAUGUUCCAGUUCUUGAUACAUAAUGGUCUAUAUUGCAAUCUAUUGACUCCUCUGGCACUGUUCUCUCAGUGUUGAGAUAAGCCCAUGGACUAUGGCCUUCGUUGUGAAAAUAAAAAUCCAACUAAUGUAGGACCAUGUAAGUAUCAAAUAUUUAUGUAGUGUUGUAUACAUAACAGUUUGUAAACUUGAUCUCUGUGCCUUUUCUAAUGUAUCAGCAGAUGGUUUGUAUUUAAAGCAGAAACUUUAUAUAGUUUUGUAAAGUGUGUGUUUGUGUGUGUCAUUUCCAUGUAUAAAACAUAUAUUUUGGUCAAGUUUUGGAAAUGCUUUAGAUGAAUUGUUAUUGUUCUGUUAUACAGAAAAUAAGAAUGGAAUGUUAUUUUGUGAAAGAAAUAAAAGGUAACUAUGUGA